AUGCCAUUGGUGUAUCAUUUUCACAGUUCUCUUGCCAACAUUUACCAAGGAUAUUUUCUUUUCUUUCUUUGGUUGUCUUCAUCAUUCGUUGAUAUGUAUUGGGAAUUUAUUUUCUAUAUUUCCUUUCAUUUUCUAUUAAAUAUUUUUCCUCUUUUACUUCUUUUCACUUUAUCGUUCUUUUUUUAUUUUAAUUUUCCUUUCCCUUUCUUUUUUCCUUCCUUUACGCUGAUCUACUUAUCUUAUUCCUUUCUUCUUUUAUCUAUUUUUCUCUUUAUAAUUCCUUUCUUUUUUUACCAAUCUAAUGUCAUUCAUUUUCGAUUGUCUCCCUUUUUAUAUAUUUUCGUUUUGUUUUCAUUUUCUCGUCUCGUUCUCCUUCUCUUCCUAUUCACUUUAUAUUUAUUUCCAUCUCUUUACAAUCCAUUCUCUUUUUCUUAUCUUUCUUAUCAAUUAUUUUUGCUUAAAGUCUCGUGUAUAUACGUUUUCUCAGUUCUUUCGAAUUUCCUUCAUUUUCAUUCAUAUUACUUUCCUCCAUCAUAUCCCUUUAUUUUUCGUCUUAAAAACAAAUAUUACAUUCAUUUUUUGUUACUUUUUUAUUCUUCUCUUCAUUAUCUAUUUCCUAUCUAG